AUGGAUCUGUUCUACUUGAAUCCUUAUGCGAUACGAUUAUGUGAGAAUGUCAGUUCGGUUUGUGGUACGAACGCAGUCCUUAUGCAAGUCAUAAACUGGAAUCUGAGUGCAGACUGCGAGAACAAUUCACUUGAAGCUUAUAUUAAAGACGGGGAAAGUUGGAAGGACACGCGAUUAGACACGUCAUCCGAUUCACUGACGACGUUAUCACGAGCCAUCUAUAACAAACUUUAUCGCAACUUGAGUGAUUUCGAAAAUCACCUUGAUCGACCUGAAAGCGAUUUCUACAACACAGCUCUUUCGCAGAAACUUGGACAAUUGCUCGGAUGA